ACUACAGGGAAUCACAGUGAAAGGGUAUUCUAAUAACCCUCUUCACCAGUCUUCACCUUAUAUGGCCAUAGUAACCUGAAAUUCUCAAUCAACUCAGAGUAACUGUACUUCCUUACCUGUAGAGUAGAAAAUUUUCCAGUAAUACAGCCUGUACUACAUAGACAAUCGUUUGCAAUCAUACAAUGCCUGCCACUGCACUCGGCACUGGACGCCCUGUCCCAUCUUUCAUAACCGACAAUUUCAACCGUGGCGAGAAGGUCGACAACAAAUCUGGACGCUACUACUGGUCCUGCAAACACUGUCCAGAUGCUGUCCACAUCCAAGGCAGUUCAGAACCAGUUGUGCUUGGUAAACGCAAAAUGGGCCCUUUGAGUGGCUAUAUGGAUUACCCCCUGACAAAGGAGCAGCAUUCUCGCACGAAUGUCAAGCUGUUGCGGUUCAUAAUUGAUGCUAAUAUAGCUUUUUCUGCGGGCGAGAAUGACUACUUGCUUGAGUUUCUUAACGAGAUUUGGCCAUCAUACACGGCACCCUCCCAAUAUGUACUAUCACAUACGCUGAUGGACACUGAAUUAGUGCAUGUCCAACAAGAAGAAAUUGACCAGUGUCAUGCAUGUAAGGAGCUGAUUCAGCACACCAAAAGGCUUAAUUUUAAGGAUGAUUUCGAAAAUUGUGAGAUCACGAAGAAAGUGAAGGCCUACGAGUUGCCUUUGAAAACAAUCAUAUUCUUUUAG